AACACGGACGCCAACAAGAUCAAUUGGGAGGAUGCGUUCUUGUUCUUUUACUGGGAUUUGCAAGAUGAAGACACCGAUUCACUUAUCGCAGGCAAAGUGACAAACGACAACUUCAUCGUGGAGUUCUUAAAGGGAGAGCGCUUACCUCUCAACACCUUGUCUCGUCCCCGGUCGUGGAAUCACCUGCUAUGGCACCUCAUGCGAUCCUCUCUGUAUCAGACAGGCCUGGAUCUUGGAGAAAAUAGCAGCAAAAGCAAUCACGAUUGGCUUCACGGUUCUCCCUCCGAGACUAAGGAGCCUUGGGUGAAUUGA